AUGGCACCUGAACCCCAUAUGAAUUCAAUCCAUAGUUCUCACCUCCCCACCGAGAGAACCCCGCUGCUGGAUGACGAGCAGGACUAUUCACACUGCGAUUAUUGUGCAAAACAACAAGAUGAAGAAGAGAGGACUGUCGUCAUCGAAGAGCCGCCACUGGGACGACUAAUCCUCAUCAUGACCACUGCAUGGAUCGGGAUCUUCCUAGGCGCAUUGGACUCAACUGUCAUUGCAACCCUCUCAGCUUCUAUCUCUAGCGAGUUUAACUCGCUUAGCCUGCUCUCUUGGCUCGCCACAGCAUACCUCAUUUCAAAUGCAGCUACUCAGCCUAUUGCUGGUCGUCUGACAGAUAUCUUCGGACGACGCCUUGGUCUUGUCUUGAGUAACCUCUUAUUUGCUCUUGGCAACUUGGUCUGUGGCUGCGCAACUAAUCAUUAUACUAUGAUUAUCGGGCGUGUUAUUGCAGGUGUCGGAGGCGGUGGAAUGAUUAGUAUUGCUACGUUCCUGACCUCUGAUCUUACGCCGCUGCGCAAAAGAGGCAUUAUGCAAGGUAUCGCCAACUUAUGGUAUGGUGUAGGCGCUAUGAUUGGAGCUGUUAUCGGUGGAUUGUUCCAUGACCGCACCGAUGUCGGUUGGAGACUUGCCUUCCUGGUCCAAGUACCACCUUCAUUGUCGAUUAUACCCAUCAUAUGGAUAUUAGUCAAGGUGCCGCCCAAGCAGUCUGAUAAGGCUUACCUUGCUCGAAUUGACUUCCCUGGAGUCUUUUUUACUUGUUCAUUCUUGAUACUGCUACUUCUUGGUUUGAACACAGGAGGCAACACAGUACCAUGGAUCCACCCCCUACCCCUUACGACAAUCCCACUUUCGAUGAUUUGCUUCGCCGGCUUUAUCUGGUGGGAGGGAAAGGCGAAGCAACCUAUUAUACCUGUAGCCCUCUUUCAGGACCGUACAGUUCUCUCUGCAUGCGGAGCCAGCCUUUUCAUCUCCAUGCUUCUUAUGGCAGCUACGUUCUAUGUGCCUCUCUACCUCCAGGUACUCGGCGACUCUGCCACAACUGCUGGCCUCAAGUUCCUACCGUCACCAUUGGGUGGCUCGAUUGGUGCUUUAGGAACAGGAUAUGCCAUGGCGUGGACCGGGAGGUAUAGACCAUUUGGGAUCAUGGGUGCCGUGGUCUUGAUUCUGGGCACCGUCUUACUAACCCUACAAGACGGCAACAGUCCGAAAUAUCUGACUUCUGUCGCCUUGUUCUUUGUUGGUGGGGGUUUCAGCACGGUAUUGACCAUCGCAACUGUGUCAUGUCUUGCAGCUGUCAAUCACUCGCAGCAAGCUCUUGUCACAUCUGCUGUUUUUUUGGCUAGGAGCGUAGGUGGCACUGUUGGCAUAACCAUGGCAUCUGCAGCCUACCAGAGCACACUAAAAAGGAUGCUGUGGGAGAUCUUUGGAGAGGAGUCAGGAGGACCUGAGGAGAUCAAACGUAUCCUGGAUGGUUUAGAAGAGAUAAACCACCUUCCGGAAGGUUGGUGGCAUGGAGUGAUGGACUCAUUCAUGGAAUCAUUCCGGGUAGUAUGGGUCAUGAUGUCUUGUUGGGCUAUAUUGGCCUUGGUCUGCAUCUCAUUGGUCAAGAGACACAUGCUGCACUCAAGGAUGGACAGGAUGUGA